AUGGAAACAUUUUCGAUAGCUAGUUUAAUUCAUGAAUCCAGUUCAACGGAGAAUGUUCUUCAUCAAAGUGAUUCGGAAGAGGAAUGUGAAUUAGACAAAUUCAUGGAUUCAUCAUCUGUUAUAGAUACAUUUUGUAGUCAGACACCAUCACCACAGCCAUCAAGGCAUCAACAGUGUGAAUCAACCCAGCUUAACAGUCCAGAUACCACUACACCAAGUAAUAAUAUCAAUAUGACAAGUGAUUGUGAUUAUAUUGAUGAAAAAUUGAAUUCUACUAAUGGUGAAUUAAUCAAUUCAACAAAAAUCAAUAAUUUUUCGCUGAAUGAGACGAAUAUACAAUCUAUGGAGGAUAUAUUAGAAAGGAAUCAUGAAUUUCUGUUACAAAACUUUAUUCAUACAAAAAUUGCCAAUUUAAAUCAUACUGAAAUGAAACAACAUUCUACAGAAUGUAUUCUACCCUAUUUAGCAACAAAAUCACUUCCCAGUAUGACAGUAUGGACAAAUUCAAAUUCACCGCAUUUUAUUUACAAUGAUGCAUUUAAACAACAAAAGGCUAAAUUGAUCAAUGAUGAGGAUAAUAAUAAUAAUAAUGAUUGUACAUUGAACAAGUGUAGCUCUUAUCAGUUGAACAAUAAUACUGAUCGCAGAAAUGUAACACCUAGUGAAAUUAGGACUACUACUACUAAUACUAAUAAUAAGGAUGGUGAGGAUAAGAAUGACGCUAAAGGUAACUAUGGAAACAAUGAUUAUUCCGAGAAAUUACUCAAUAUAUUCAAAGAAUAUGGAUUAUAUUAUUCUCUAUUGAAGAAUAAACAAGCAUCAUUUAUAUCUAAUUAUUUUCAAUCAGUAAUUAACAACGAUGGAUUAAAUACCGAGAAAACUACUACUAAUAAUAAUAAUAGUAGUAUGAAUUGUAAUGAUAUAAAAAAUUCAAUAACAACACCACUGUUGACAUCGUCCACCCCCUCCUCCUCCUCAUCAUCAACAGCAUCGAUAACUGCGAUGGGGAUGUUAUCUACACAAUCAACUAUUCAUCGUCGUAAACGAACACGAGCUGCUUUUUCACAUGCACAAGUUUAUGAACUUGAAAGACGUUUCAACUAUCAGCGUUAUUUAUCAGCAACAGAAAGAGCUGAAUUGGCUAGAUCAUUAAGAUUGUCUGAAACACAGGUGAAAAUCUGGUUUCAGAAUAGACGAUAUAAAACUAAGAAACGGUUGACCAAUCAGCUAGUGAACCCAUUGAAUUCAUUGGCGGAUAAUUCAAUUCAAGGUCAUCAGCAUAACCAUCAUCAAUAUUCAAAUUUAAAUAAUAAUAAUAAUAAUCAGCCAUAUUCAUUUCCUGAACAAAUUACAAAAUUCAAUAUAAGCGAAUUCAAUCCUCAUCUUCGACAGCAUCAACAGCAGCAGCAACAGCGAUAUAACCAGGAAGAAUCGAACAGUCCAGUAAAUCAUAAUGUUAAAAAAGAGAUAUUUCAUUUCAACGAAACACCUCACUUACUCACCAAACUAUCUCAGUUGAAUUCAAUCGCAUCAAAUGAAUACUCAGAUAUCGGUCAUAAUAAUAAUAAUAAUCCCGUAGCAAGCCAGCAUCAUCAUGAUAAUCAGAGAUGCAAUCAGAUGACAAGUGAAAAUUUGAAUGAAUACAAAUCAGGCACUGGAAUGAAAUAUUUAAAUGUCAAGGAGAAUUUAUCCUUACCAUAUCUGAUACCAUCAUUGCUGACAUCACAGCAGUCUUCAACGCUAGAGAUGGCUAAGAGAACAUUGUGCGCUGAAGUACAAGAUCAGUUAAAUCGUUUCGGUGAUAUGUCUUCUUCAUCACCAGUGAUGAAGAUGAAUUGUACAGAUAUAUCCAGUUGGAUGAAGACAGUGGAACGCUUACGUCAUCAUUACCUUGAGGAUCAACGUCACCACCACCAUCAUCAGCAUCUUCAGCCUCGUCAUGUAGAUCCUGUUCAACCGUCAAUAGUUGAAUAA